UUCAGUUCCAAUGUCCAUAUGCAAAUAUUAAUGCUAUUGCCUUAUGAAGGGUACCAAAACAUUGUCUACCUUAAUGUGACCAAUGGUAUUGUGGAGGAAAGUGGUUGUUAUGGAUAGAAGGCAAUGUGGAAAUGUAAAAGUGUAGGUAAAAUUAAAUGUAGACAGCCUGCCCUUGAAGACAAAGCUAAUGUGUUGGAAGUACUGCUCAAAGAAUUUCCAUUAUGAUGUCACAGUGCUUACUCUUGGUAUCAUCAGGACUCUACAUCAUGUCCAUUCCUGCCAUUUGAAAUGGUGGUCAGUACAUGGAGAGUAGGCAUAUAUGAGCAUCAGGAAAUAAAAUGUCAAGCAGAGGAAGUGCAAGUUCUGGCUCUCUGCCAUCAAAGAAAGGACCAGCAGUCAAGCCGAGUACCAAAUUUAGAGAAGAGGGAGAGACAACUCCAAAGAGGAUAGUAAAGGAGACAAGGGCUGUUGUCAUAGACAUUGGUACCGGCUCCUGUAAAUGUGGUUUUGCUGGAGAACAAAAGCCAAGCCAUGUGAUUUCAUCGACCGUAGGCAAGCAUAUCCAGGAGACCGCAAAAACUGGAGAUAACAGGAAGGAAACAUUCGUUGGAAGAGAACUUCAGGAAGCUACAGUGCCCUUAAAACUUGUCAAUCCUUUAAGACAUGGAAUAAUAGUAGACUGGGAUUCUGUUCAAGAUAUGUGGGAAUAUCUUUUCCUGAGGGAGAUGAGGAUUCGACCUGAAGAGCAUGCUGUCCUAGUAUCUGAUCCUCCUCUAAGCCCUACUACCAACAGAGAAAAAUAUGCAGAAAUGCUCUUUGAAACGUUUUGCACUCCUGCUAUGCACAUUGCUUACCAGUCAAGAUUGUCUAUGUAUUCCUAUGGAAAGACCUCAGGUCUUGUUGUGGAGAGCGGUCAUGGUGUCUCCUAUGUAGUUCCCAUUUACGAAGGAUACACCAUGCCAAGCAUUACCGAAAGAGUAGACUAUGCUGGAUCUGAUGUCACUCAGUACCUAAUGAAGUUAAUAAAUGAGAAUAUAAAAUUGUUCACAGAGAAAGACUGGAAUAUCUUAGAGGAUAUCAAAGAGAACCAUUGUUUCACUUCACUGGAUUAUCAACAUGAUGCAGCCACAGCUCCCAGGAAACAUGAAAUUGAGUAUCAGCUUCCUGAUGGGCAAGUUAUCAUCAUUGGCAAAGAGAGAUUCUUAUGUGCUGAAAUGCUCUUUAAGCCAUCCUUGAUAAAUUCGCAGCAGUUGGGACUUCCUCUCCUGACAAUGACUUCCCUCAACAAGUGUGAUGUCGCACUCAAAAAGAACCUGAUGGGCAAUAUCUUGUUAUGUGGGGGAUGCACCAUGCUAAAGGGCUUUGCUGACCGCUUCCAGAGAGAGCUGAUUAGAAUGUGCCCAAAUGAUAAUCCCAUUUCAACAGCUUCUCCAGAAAGGAAAACAUCUGUCUGGACCGGAGGGUCCAUUCUUGCAUCUCUCAAGGCUUUCCAGCAGCUUUGGGUUCAUAGAAGAGAAUAUGAAGAAAAGGGUCCUUUUUACAUCUACCGGAAAUGUUUCUAAAUCCCAAUCGUGAAUCCCUUCACCCAGGAGAACGGGAUGAAGUUUGGUCGACGGAAAGGACACACUUUCCCUGCUACCCCUAUAAUACCAAUCUGAAUGUUAUAUGAUCUGGAUGACAUUCUGUUCUCUGUGCAUUAAAAGCUCCUUGUUGUAACAGCAAAAGAUAGUGUUCCCUUUUUUGGUGCGAGUAACGACAAAAAU